CUGCUAGAUAACGUUGAGCUAAUGUACACCUUCCGACCACUUCCAAACGACAUCUAAUUUAAACCAAUAUAGUACCUAAAGUACUGGAACAGUAAAUAAAUGUACAUCUUACUUAUCGAUGCAUUGCUUUUGUAACGUCCGUCUUGCGCAUGAACUAAGGGGUGUUAAUGCUAUAAUCAGCUACUGAUUGUACGACACGCCUGUUGAAACAAGUCACAAGGUCGGCUUGUUACGUAACUCGCUAUGCCUGAUAGAAACAACAAUGGACGAAAACGUCUCUAAUAAUUAUUAUGCCACAAUUCUAAAAUUUUGACAUGAUAUUAUUUAUGUGUCCUCUGUGGACAUCGGAAAAUUCGAGCAACCCUCACUUCAGAAACAUAAGAAUUACCGUAUCGUUUUUCAGUAGCGACAAUGAUGUACUUUCUGCAGAAUAGCACGCCUGAUGGCAUGUUUAUUCGAUUCAAUGCAUGCUUCACAAGUGGAGAACUCAAGGAGAUGUACGAUAUAUUUGAGAAAAACGAGACAGGUGAACAAAAACAACAGAUCAUCGCCAAUGAGCUACGCUCAUUUUUAAAUGGCUUGCACCGUUUAAGCGGCCGCUUUGUCGUUGUGGUCGGAGAGCGAUUCUGUGUUGAAGAUGCAGACCCAAAACAACAUUGGGAUAUGGCACUGUUUGCACAGUUUCAGCCUACGACAAAAAACCUCAAUCCGCUGGACGUAGUCAUCGUGAAAGGACUAUUAAGAACGGGAUCGCUGCCGCCUGCAGAACAUGAUAUUGGCAUGCCAUUCCUUCGGUUGCCCAUUUUACAAACAGACCUGCCAAGCUCGUUCCACUCAGUAGUGCGUUCGCUGCUAGCGUCCAGCAGCUCAGCACAAGGGUCUAUAUGUGAUCGGAUUGCGCGUGACAUCGGACAUUACCUCAAUCAAGUCUUGUCCACUUUUCGAGUUCUUGUUAUUGUAGGCCAAUCCGUGAGUGUCUUGCCGCCUUCAGAGCGUUACGUCAUCUAUUGGGGUACUGCAGACGGUCUGACUGUGUUCGUAGUUCAGCUAGGUCGGAUUUAAAGGCAUUAGAACCCUACCAUGAUAUAUUCUCUUUUGGAUUCGACCUUCUACAGAAGCUAAUAAUAACAAAACUGAAACGCCGGCAAGCGCAGUCAGGUAAAUGUCGAUAUAAGAUGACCGACGAAACCAAACAUCGAUUUGUACAUUAAUGUGAAGGACAUUU